CUUUAUAAAGAGCACGCUGGAGCUGUUCUAAUAAACUGUUGCAGAGCAGCAGGAUCUCGCUGUCUGCUUCACAGAAAAUAGAAAGCAAGGCUUUUUAAUUUACUUUCUUUACUUAGUAACAGCAAUUAGAAAUGUUAAAACCGAUGGGAAGAACAAGGCAAGCUGUGCUAAUAACUUUGUGUAUAUUAAUGACUGUUAAAGCUUUCGAAAUGGAGAUUAUACCUGCUAACAGAAUUGUUGCACAGAUUGGAGAAACACUGAUACUCACAUGCAAUACUACUGGCUGUGCAUCACCAAGUUUUUCCUGGAGAACCCAGAUGGACAACCCCCUUGGAGGAACAGUGAACAACCAUAGGACAUACUCUACCUUGACUAUGAAUCCAGUUAGCGUUGUCAAUUCUCAUGAUUAUCUGUGUACUGUCUUCUGCGGUGAGCAAGAGAAAAAAGAGAAGAGUAUCAAAGUUGAACUUUACUCUUUCCCCAGUGAUCCUAUCAUUGAGAUCAGACCAUCAUCCUUAGUUUAUGGAGAACGAGUCACUGUCAUCUGUAAAAUCCCAGAUGUGUAUCCUUCUGAUCACCUGGAAGUAAUCCUAAAGAAAGAUGAACUUGUUCUUCAUGAGGAAAAUUUUUAUGAAGAUGACAGCACAAAUACAGAAACUAAAACUGUGACAUAUUCAUUUAAAUACACGUCUGAAGAUAUUGGGAAAGAGAUUACCUGUGUGGCCAAGUUACCAAUUGCUAAUAUGGACUUUGAACCCAAAGAAAGAGUAACUUCUCAGAAGCUGAAUGCAAACUUUGGUCCACAAAAUACUAUCAUUACUGUAUCUCCAGACAACCCACCAAUGGAAGGAGACUCUCUAAACCUCACUUGUGUGACUGAGAGUAAUCCAUCACCACAAAUAAUUUGGAGAAAACAUCUGGCUGAUGAAAGCAUUCAGCAUCUGAUAGAAAACAAUGUCCUUUCUAUUCCCGAUGCCCGUUUCAAUGAUUCAGGACUGUACAUCUGUGAAGUAAUUAAUCUGGUAACUAACAAAACAGAGAAAGCAACUGUGGACAUUGUUAUACAAGGUGCUCCAAACAUUGCAGAACUCUCCAUUGAGCCUUCAGCAACAGUUCAAGAAGGAGAAAAUGUUUCCAUACAAUGUUCUGCUGAGAGUAACCCUCCUCCCAAGAUUAUUUUAAGGAGAAAAGCUGAUAGCACAGACAUGGGGCCAUACAGUGAAGGGAGAGUUCUCGUUCUUUCAUCUGUGACGUUCCUACAUGGAGGAAACUAUGAAUGCAUAGCAGAAAAUAGUUUUGGGGAAAGUAAAAGUGAUAUAACACUUAAUGUGGAAUACGGACCGAAGAAUACAAUGAUCUCUGUUAUCCCUGCUACUGCUGUUAAAGAAGGAGAAACUGUGACAAUGAAAUGUACUAGUUCUGGUAAUCCAGCUCCAGUGAUCUCUUGGAAGAAAAAGAAGGCCACCGGGGAAUAUGAGAAAAUUUUUAAAGAUUCAACUUUAACUAUACAGAACGUAAAAAGUCAAGAUCUGGGGCUUUAUGAAUGUGAAGCUUAUAACCAAUUUGGCAAAGAAGAAAAAGUUGUGAAUUUACUUGUUCAAGUUCCUCCCCAAAAUAUUACUGUGUUAGUAUAUCCGUCAGAAAAUGUUAAAGAAGGAGAAAAUGUCACUAUUACAUGUAGCACAUACAGUAACCCACCAUCACAGAUGGUCCUGAAAAAAGUCCAUCAGGAGAAAGAAAUUAUUCUGCCAUCAGUGAAUGGAACCUUUAUACUCUACAAUGUCACCAAAAAUGAUACAGGCAGAUAUUUGCUUGAUGUUUUCAAUGAGGUUGGAAACAACAUCAAAGUGAUUGAGAUAGCUGUUGUAGGAAGAUUGGAAAAACCAGAUCAAAUGAUACCACUAAUUAUUGCAUUCUCCUGUGUAGCAGCCGUAGCAGUACCUGUAGUUGCAAUUUUGAUCUACGUGUCAAGAAAAGCAAAAAUAAAUGGAUCCUACAGUCUUGUAAAAGCACUCAGGCUGAAAGUGUGAUCGCAUGAAUCUAAGUCUAAGUUCAUCAUAAGCAAUGUUAUUUAUUGUUGUGACUGGUUCUGCUCUUCUGUAAUACAUGGUAACAAACAAGUGACUGAAGACUGCCAUCUGAUAGCAAAUGGAUUUUUUUUCAUGUUUUGAGAAGUAUUUCAGUAUUUAAAUUAAAGGGAAGGCUAGCUUCCUGUCCUAAAAAUUGAUAAAUCACUUCCAUGUUGAAGCAUGCUGAACAAAGAGUUUCUUGGAGAACUAGGUUUGUACAUAGUGUAUAAUUUGUGUUAUAAAUAUGUUCAACUGAAUAUCAGUUUGUAAAAUUGCAGUCUUACUGCAACUGUACAGAAAAAUGUUGUUAAUUCAAAGAUAUAAAUCAGCAUUAUUUGAGCUGAUCAGAUGAUAAUAUUUUAUUUUGUAUUACUCUACAGAGUGAAUGUUUUUAAUAUAAUUUGUCUGCUUGUGGUGAUGUUUGGAAAAUAUUAUCUUCAUUCAU